AUGCCGAGUGUAUCCCUUUCCAAGGUGCAUAAGCACAUUUCCAAGAAGCGCGGCGCUAUGGACUCCAUGCACGAGAACAGCCGUGACGCCAGGCGUCUGCGCCGCGCAGGUUCCCGAGAGGAACGACUGUCCCACCAUGCGGGCAUGACAUUGAAAGCCCGCCAGCCAUACAUGGAGCGCAUUCAAUAUUUCCACGAUGCCGUUCAAGCUGUUGAGGAACCCUUGUCCGAUGCCCAGCUUACCGAGAUGAUCCUAAAGUGCAUCCACCGAGACGAAGAAGAAAUCGCACAACUCAAGUCUGAGCGCCGAAAAGGGCGGCCGCCGACCCGACGAGAGGAGCUUCUGUCACAGCGGACCGAAACGGAGGAGAAGGAACUCAAGACCGGUUUCUGGUUGCCCGACAUGGGAGAUGCAGAUGUACUGCACGCUCUGAAGCACUGGAACGGCAAUUGGGCUGGACUCAGCUCAGUCAAGUUCAUUCGAAUCACACACGAGGGAGUGAAGCAAGCCUCGACCUUCCCGCCCAAAGGCAUGUCAUAA